CUGUGGUGAAGCCAGCCUUUAUCUCAGAGACCAAGAGCCACUUUGCAAAUUUGUAGUAUCAUUUCCCUAAACAACCGGGGCCGAGCUGUACUUUGGUUCCUCAGUUCUGCAUGUUCCUGCCUCUGCGGAGGCAGAAACCAGGCUCUUAGUCUCUUGUUUUCUUUUCAAUUAUAAGAGCUGCCCGCAGAGUUGAGCUAACAACUCUUCCUUCCAUCAUGUGUGACUAUGGAAUCGCAUUUACAAGCGAAGGAUGGGGUGGAUUAGACCUCUCUUCCUUUUAGAGAGAAGAUGGAAACAUCGUUGCUUUUCUUUUCUCAACGGAAUAUGUGGGAAUCAAAGGAAAAAACUUUUUUCAAGUUAAUGCCUGGUUCAGCCAAAGAAGAAGCAAGCAAAGAAGCCAAAAUCAGAGCGAAGGAGAAACGGAACCGGCUGAGCCUCCUCCUGCAGAAAUCCGAGUUUCAUGAAGAGCCGCAGGCCAGGAGGUCUGCGCACUUGGCCGGAGUAACCAGAGUCUGCCGGGAAGAAGCAAUACGAUGGGGUGAAUCAUUUGAUAAACUGCUUUCCCAUAAAGAAAUAGAAGAGGAAGAAGUGUUCAAGCUGUUACCAGCCAGUGGCCCCAGGAUGCUCAUGCCACCCAUCCCUGAAGUCUCCGGCCCAAGGCUCCAGGUCAGGAGAGGGUGCUGCCACCAUUAUCAUAAUCGCUUUCGACCAUUAAAGGGACUUCAUCUCAAAUAUUGUGAAAUUACAAUCCAGGUUAACCUUGACUUUCACACCAAAGAACUCAUCGUGAAGAGCAUCACGCAGCCCACCCUGCACAGUUUUGAUGCUGCGCAGAGCAGAGUGUAUCAGCUGAUGGAACAAGACAGUUACACGCGGUUUCUGAAAUCUGACAUCUAUUCAGACUUGGUAGAAGGAAGACCUCAGAGACCCACCAAUCUGAGAAGGCGGUCACGUUCCUUCACCUACAACGAAUUCCAGGACGUGAAGUCGGAUGUUGCCAUUUGGUUUUAAAGAAAAUUAAUUUUGCUCAUUUUGGGGGCGAGAUUGUACAUCUGCCUCUAAGACAUAGCAUAUGUGAACAAAAUAAAAUAUGUCGUGUAAGAGGAUUUUAA